UUUGACAGUUGACUUAAAACGUCAACGUCAAUUUUCUAACCUAAUCACUCGAGUCUUGAUAUUGAUACACCAGCUGCUGUUGUAUAUAUCGAAAAUAACUACAAAACAAUAUGCCGGACUCCGAAUCAAAGAAAAAUCAGCAAAAGAAAGGAAAACAUGACCCCAAAGAGCAAAGAAAACCUCGCCAGCAGAGGAAUCAAGGUGCAGGUGAAAAGAAAUCUGAAAGAAGAACAGAAGAGCCUAAAGUUGCCAUUCCUGAAAAACCAGCAUUUGAGGAGCCCGGGCCAGAAUUCUACAAAGGCUUGAAAAGAGAAACUGAUGACAUUCUGAAAAUAACUGAAGAUGCCAACUCUAAGUACAAGAAGAAAGAAAUUAAAAGCAACUGGUCUAAAUAUGAGGUUCCAAUUGAGAGUUAUGAUGAUAUUGAGGAGCAGGAAAAUUUGGGGGCAGAUUACGAGAAACUCAUCCAGGCACCCAUGUCACUCGGUGGCCAUUUCCAAUUCAAACAUGAGAAAUCCUGGGACAUCACCACAGGCCCAUCCCUGUAUGACAAAUACUUCGACAUCACCGGCAAUGAUCUCGCCACUGCGCUCUGUACCAUACCAUUCUAUGAGAGAAAUAGUAUUGAUAAGAAUAUAUUCUCUGAAACAGAUAUACAGACCAUGGAUCAUCGCACAUCUCGAUAUAAACAUAAGUACUUCAAAAUAGCGACAACGGAAUCAGAAAUUCAAGAUAAACUAAUCAAUAGUUUGAAAGAAGAUUUCAAAGAAUCAGUAGAAAGCAAAUUCGAUGAAAAUGAUAAGGAGUCUGAAGUAGAUAAAAAGAAUGAAAUUAUCUUUGAAGAAUCAAAACCGACUAAGACUGAACCUUCUAGUAAUCAAGUAGAAAUAUUAUUCAAAAGUAAUCAAGAACAACAUAAAAUAGAGCCAAUAGUUAAAGAUAAUAAGGAAUGUAGUGAAAUAAACGACAUUGAUGAUAUUAUUGUUGACUCAACUAAAAAUUUGAAUUUAAAUAAGAAGCUAGAAGUCACUAAGUCAAACCCUGCCCCUGAGAAAGUUGUAAACACAGCUGUACCUGCUUCUGCAGAACCCACGAAAAAACCAGUAAUAGAAUCUCCCGAAGAUCUUGAAAAGUGGCUAGAUGACUUCUUAGAAGAAUAACAUCAUUUUGGAAAUUAUGGGAACAGGCGUGUGUAAAUGUUUAUGUGUGCCUUGGCCGUUUCGAUGGCGUACAGAUAACCAGGGGCCGAUUUUUGAAUCCCAGCCAUUCGAUUUCGUGAAAUUCGUUCAAUAAUAUUACUACUAGCGAUUUAAAUUCUACUAACAGAAUCGAAAACGAGUUACCGCUAGUUAGGGUCCCGU